CAGUCAAUCGCGCUCCACCGGCUGCCGUAGUCCACAGUAGAAAGGUCACUACGCAUCGCCGGCUUUUAGUGUAUCAAUUGAAAAUAUAAAUUAUAUAUUAUUUCUUUCGUGAUUUCAUCUUACUUGUCAGUGAAAUAGUGAUCGUUGGGAAGUGGUUUCAGCAAACAAAGUCUUUCAGCUUUUUUGCGUUUACUCUAAGGUAUGGAGUGGGAAGGACCACCCAAGCAAGGCUUGUACGACCCCCAGAACGAGCACGAGGCCUGUGGCGUCGGAUUUGUGGUUGCUAUCGACGGGAAACGGACCCAUAAAAUCGUCCGAGAUGCCGAAACGCUCGCUAAGCGCAUGGAGCACCGCGGCGCGUGCGCCUGUGACAACGACACCGGCGACGGCGCUGGUGUGCUUGUUGCCAUUCCGCAUCAGUACUACUGCGCACAGCUGAGAGACACACACCAGCUAGACUUGCCGCCGUUCGGCAAAUACGCCACCGGCAUAUUCUUCCUCGACAAGCUUCACCACCAGGACAUAGAGAAGAAGUUCACCGAGUUGGCCGAGAGCCUCGGCCUCAGUGUGUUAUGCUGGAGGACUGUGCCCACCAACAACUCCACCAUCGGUCAGGUGGCCCGUAACUCGGAGCCAUUUAUGCGACAAGUGUUUGUUACCGGCGAUAUCGAAGACGAGACCCAACUCGCCAGGCAGAUUUUCGUGCUCCGCAAGCGCGCUUCGCAUGAGCUGGGGGUGCCUGGUGCGAGAUUCUAUAUCUGCAGCUUGUCGUUGAGGACUGUCGUCUACAAGGGACUGCUGACUUCUAACCAACUAUGGGAGUACUUCAAAGAUCUGACGAACCCAGCGUUCACCACAUACUUAGCGUUGGUGCAUACUCGGUUCUCCACCAACACGUUUCCCAGUUGGGAGCGAGCACAUCCCUUGAGGGUGCUCGCCCACAAUGGAGAGAUCAAUACGCUGCGAGGCAACGUGAACUUGAUGAAGGCUCGCGAGGGAGUGAUGAAGAGUGAUAUUUUUGGAGACGACCUCAAGAAACUGUACCCAGUCGUAGAACCCAAUCUCUCCGACUCAGGUUCCGCUGAUUGCGUCCUCGAGUUCCUCCUACACUGCGGCAACCGCUCUCUGCCCGAAGCGGUCAUGACCAUGGUGCCAGAAGCGUGGCAAAACGACCCUACCAUGCCUAAGGAGAAGAGAGAUUAUUACCAGUGGGCCUCUUGCGCUAUGGAGCCUUGGGACGGACCGGCGCUGAUUUCUUUCACUGAUGGGCGCUAUAUUGGUGCGAUUUUGGACAGGAACGGCCUACGACCUUCUCGCUUCUAUGUGACCAGUGAGAACAUACUGGUGAUGGCAUCCGAAGUCGGAGUGUACGAUGUUGACCCAGAGAAAGUCAUUCACAAGAGCCGAUUGAAGCCUGGUCGCAUGUUGUUGGUAGACACGCACGAGAAGAAAAUAAUCCAAGACGUAGAGCUGAAGAUGGAAAUCGCUAGCAGCCGCCCGCACUCCCAGUGGCUCAGUGAACAGAUAACGCUCGAAGACAUCCACAAAUCAGUAGCGGCCGAGUCGGUAUCCAACGGGGCCAGUGACGUCAUCACAGGCCUCACCGACCGCCGCCUCAGCCUGUACGGCUACACCAUCGAGACCAUCAACAUGCUGCUGCUCCCCAUGCUGCAGAACAAAAAAGAAGCUCUGGGCAGUAUGGGCAACGAUGCUCCUCUUGCCUGCCUGUCUCAGUUCCAACCUCUACCGUACGAGUACUUCAAACAGCUGUUCGCGCAAGUCACCAACCCACCUAUUGAUCCCUUCAGGGAGAAGAUAGUAAUGUCCCUGCUGUGUCCCAUUGGCCCUGUGGCCAACAUUCUGAAUCCAAGCGCGGCCUUCACGCACCGCCUGUUCCUGCCGCAGCCCAUACUGUCUCUGCCAGACCUUCACGCUCUCAAGCAUACUACACAUCGCGGCUGGAAGACCAAAGUCAUCGACUGCACGUUCGACUACCGGCUCGGCGAGCACGCGCUGGAGCCGGCGCUGGGCGAGAUCGCGGGGCAGGCGCACGCCGCGGCGGCGGCCGGCUACCAGCUGCUCGUGCUGUCCGACCGCGCCGCCGGGCCCGAGCGCGUGCCCGUCAGCUCGCUGCUGGCGCUGGGUGCUGUUCAUCACCAUUUGAUCGAGACUCGUAUGCGUAUGAAAGUGGGCAUUAUUGUUGAGACUGCUGAAGCAAAAGAAGUACACCAUAUGUGUGUUUUGUUGGGAUACGGCGCCGACGCCAUCUGUCCAUACCUGGCGUUCGAACUAGCGUUCGCGCUCCGCAACGACCACAUUAUCGACCCUUCCAUCACCGACGAGAGCAUCUACAAGGCCUACCAGUCCGCCAUCGAAACCGGCUUAGCCAAGGUCAUGGCUAAGAUGGGCAUCAGUACGCUGCAGUCGUACAAAAGUGCACAGAUCUUCGAAGCGGUCGGAUUAAAUGAGGAUGUCAUUGAUAAGUGCUUUAGAGGCACCCAGUCUAGGAUCGGUGGCGUCAACUUUGAAAUCUUGUCUAAGGAAAUAUUCGAAAGGCAUGAAUUGGCUUAUGGUACUUGCAAAGACGCCCUCGUUUUAAGGAACCCGGGGCACUACCACUGGCGCGCGGGCGGCGAGAAGCACAUCAACGACCCCAUGUCCGUCGCCAACCUGCAGGAGGCCGUCGCCAGCAAGAGCUCCUCCGCCUACGACAAGUUCAGGGAGAGUUCUUUAGAAUCAGUCCGGGCGUGCACCCUGCGUGGGCAGCUGGAAUUAGUGAAGCUCGAUGAGCCCAUCCCGCUGAGCGAGGUGGAGCCCGCCUCGGAGAUCGUCAAGCGAUUCGCUACGGGUGCGAUGUCGUUCGGGUCCAUAUCGCUGGAGGCGCACACGACGCUCGCCAUCGCCAUGAACCGCAUCGGCGGCAAGUCCAACACCGGCGAGGGCGGCGAGAACGCCGACCGCUACCUCAACCAGGACCCCGAGUUCAACAGGCGGUCAGCCAUCAAGCAGGUGGCGUCGGGUCGCUUCGGCGUGACCGCGUCGUACCUGGCGCACGCCGACGACCUGCAGAUCAAGAUGGCGCAGGGCGCCAAGCCGGGCGAGGGCGGCGAGUUACCGGGUUACAAAGUGACGGAGGACAUCGCCAAGACCCGGUGCUCCGUGGCGGGCGUGGGGCUGAUCUCGCCGCCGCCGCACCACGACAUCUACUCCAUCGAGGACCUGGCCGAGCUCAUCUACGACCUCAAGUGCGCCAACCCGCGCGCCAGGAUCUCCGUCAAGCUCGUGUCCGAGGUCGGCGUGGGCGUUGUCGCCUCCGGAGUCGCCAAGGGCAAAGCGGAACACAUCGUCAUUUCCGGCCACGACGGUGGCACUGGUGCUAGCUCCUGGACUGGAAUCAAGAGCGCUGGUCUACCUUGGGAACUGGGUGUCGCUGAAACUCAUCAAGUGCUAGUGCUAAACGACCUACGUUCGCGUGUGGUGGUACAGGCGGACGGGCAGAUUCGGACCGGGUUCGACGUGAUGGUGGCCGCUUUGCUCGGCGCUGACGAGUUCGGGUUCAGUACCGCCCCGCUCAUUGCACUUGGUUGCACUAUGAUGCGCAAAUGCCACCUCAACACGUGCCCCGUGGGCAUCGCUACACAGGACCCGGUGCUAAGGAAGAAGUUCGCCGGCAAGCCCGAACACGUCAUCAACUAUCUCUUCAUGCUGGCUGAAGAGGUCCGUCAGCAUAUGGCCGACGUGGGCGUGCGCAGGUUCCAGGACCUGAUCGGGCGCACGGACCUGCUCAAAGUGCGCGAGAACAACGAGAACCCCAAGGCCCGGCUUCUCAACCUGAGCCUUAUCCUGAAGAACGCCUUGCAUAUGCGUCCCGGCGUCAAUAUUAUUGGAGGAUCCAAGUCACAGGAUUUCCAAUUAGAGAAACGAUUGGAUAACCAACUAAUCGAGCAGUGCGCCGGCAUCCUCGACGGCAGCAAGAAGCACGUCGACAUCGCCAUGAAGAUCACCAACGAGGACCGAACCUUCACCUCCACGCUCUCCUACCAUAUUGCCAUGAAAUACAGCGACAACGGACUCCCCGACGACACGAGCAUCAACAUCUCGCUCAUCGGCUCUGCCGGCCAGAGCUUCUGCGCCUUCCUGUCCAAAGGCAUCACGGUCACCUUGGAGGGCGACGCCAACGACUAUGUUGGUAAGGGAUUAUCUGGUGGUAAAGUGAUUAUUUACCCACCAAAGGUUUCACCGUUCGAGUCUCAUCUUAACGUUAUUGUCGGCAACGUCUGUCUGUACGGAGCUACCUCUGGAAGGGCGUACUUUAGGGGUAUCGCAUCGGAGCGGUUCUGCGUGCGCAACUCCGGCUGCACGGCCGUGGUGGAGGGCGUGGGCGACCACGGCUGCGAGUACAUGACGGGCGGCAGCGUGCUCAUCCUCGGUCUCACCGGCCGCAACUUCGCGGCCGGCAUGAGCGGUGGCAUCGCGUACGUGUACGAUAUCGACGGCUCGUUCAAGCGCGGCAAGUGCAACCCUGAAAUGGUGGAAAUGCUCCCAUUGGAGUUAGAGGAUGACUUGCAGGUCGUCAAGACACUUCUGCAAGAAUUCGUUGAGUAUACUGGAUCUUUAAUAGCUAAACAGCUAUUAGAGACGUGGCCAGCGCCAGCCAAGGAGUUCGUAAAGGUGUUCCCAUACGAAUACCAGCGCGCGCUCAAACAGCUCGCCAUACAGCAGGCGCCCAAGGUCGAGGCCAACGGCAAGGAGGAGAACGGCAUCGCGGAUAUCGAGGAGGCGGUGCGCGAUGUGGAACUGGACAAGAAGAACUUGGAGAAGAUUCUCGAUAAGACCAGGGGCUUCAUAAAGUACCCGCGCGAGACGUCGAUGUACCGGCCGGCGGAGAAGCGGCUCCGCGACUGGGACGAGAUCUACAACUUCCACCACGUGCGGCGCGGCCUGCGCGUGCAGGCGGCGCGCUGCAUGGAGUGCGGCGUGCCCUUCUGCCAGUCCGGCCACGGCUGCCCGCUCGGCAACAUCAUCCCCAAGUGGAAUGAGCUCGUCUUCAACGGCGACUGGAAGCAGGCGCUCAAACAGCUCAUGCAGACCAAUAAUUUCCCUGAGUUUACCGGUCGCGUGUGCCCCGCGCCUUGCGAGGGAGCCUGUGUGCUGGGUAUUUCGGAACCGCCAGUCACCAUCAAGAACAUCGAGUGCGCGAUCAUCGACAACGCCUUUGAAAACGGAUGGAUCAUCCCAGAGAUCCCAGAACAUCGUAAUGGCAAAACAGUUGCAGUAGUCGGAUCCGGUCCCGCCGGCCUAGCUUGUGCGCAUCAACUUAACAAGGCGGGUUACUCGGUGACGGUGUUCGAGCGGAACGACCGUGCCGGAGGACUGCUGCAGUACGGCAUCCCCACGAUGAAGCUCAGCAAGGAGGUUGUGCAGCGCCGAGUUCAGCUGUUGCAGGCUGAAGGCGUCGUGUUCAAAUGCAACAUCGAUGUGGGCAAGGACAUUAGCGCCACCGACCUGGCUAACGAAUACAACGCGCUGGUGCUCUGCAUGGGCGCGACGUGGCCGCGCGACCUGCCGCUCAAGGGCCGGCAGCUCGGCGGCAUCCACUACGCCAUGGAGUUCCUCGAGUCCUGGCAGAAGAAGCAGAUGGGCCCUCCGCUGCACCACGGGAAGGAGCUGGCCGAGCUCAACGCCAAGGACAAGAAUGUGCUCGUUAUCGGAGGAGGCGAUACCGGAUGCGACUGCAUAGCGACAUCUCUCCGCCAAGGCGCCAAGUCGAUCACGACGUUUGAAAUCCUGCCACAGCCGAAGCCCACCCGCGGACAAGACAACCCGUGGCCGCAAUGGCCGAGGGUCUUCAGGGUGGACUACGGGCACGAGGAAGUCAAAGUGAAGUUCGGAAACGACCCGAGGAAGUUCUCUACGCUCACAAAAGAAUUCCUGGAUGACGGUUACGGCAACGUGGCGGGCGUAUCGGCCGUGGAAGUGGAGUGGACGCGCGCCGCGGGCGGCCGCUGGGAGAUGAAGGAGAUCCCCGGCACUGAGAAGGUGUACAAGGCGGAGCUGGUGCUGCUGGCCAUGGGCUUCCUGGGGCCCGAGAGAUACGUGGCACAUCAGCUUGACUUACCUUUGGACGCACGCAGCAACGUGGAAACCGACAAGAAAAACAUCUAUCACACACCCGUCAACAACGUGUUUGCUGCCGGAGAUUGUCGCCGCGGCCAAUCUCUAGUGGUGUGGGCGAUCUCCGAAGGUCGCCAAGCGGCGCGGGCUGUGGACGUGUUCCUGUCCGGCAAGUCCGUGCUGCCCGGCCCCGGCGGCGUCAUCGGGGCCUACUGAACCUCAUGUACUAAGCCAAGGCUUUUGCUACACCGGUAUUUAGAUGUUUUAGACCUAAUUGCCAAAUGUAAUUAGCACAUAGUUUCACCUUAUUGAAUCAAAUCGAGAUUUUUAGAACUUUUAGACUGUUGAAUUUGAUAGUAGUAUUCUGCGUUUACUAAACUUACGCUUUAGUGAGUUUAUAAAUCUAGAUAUCAACUGAAAUGUUUUUGCCGUAGACGCGAGGCCAAAAUGUACAGCAAUUUUACAAGAGAUUUAAAUGAUUUCGAAUAUUGUAUUUUAAUGUUUAUGUUAAGCGUUGUUUUAAGGACAUUCCGUUUGUAACUGAUGCUGAUUAGAAUCGCAACAAGUUAACGUGUAUCCUGACCAAAUUGUUUGCACUGUGAUCUCUGCCCAAGUGUCAUAAAGCGUAAAGUUCGUUGUUUAGACUUGACUGUUUUUAAUGUUAUUAUAAUCGUUUAAAUGUACUUUAUAAAUUAUUGAACGAUAUGACUUAUCGUUAUUCGCAAAUCUCUGUAUGAGGUGCCAAGCAUUAUAUUAGUAUUUAUUUCAACGACGAAAUUAUUAUAAUUACCAUCGGAUGGCAUAUGAUUGUAUUUAUAAUUAUUUUAAAUAGGUUAUUUUGUUUCUGUUUGCGCACAAAUGCGCAGUCCGAGUAUUGUAACAUUUACUGUGAUGUAAGUUUUUAUAAGAAUUAUGUUACAGUCAAUUUUAUUUGUCGUAUGUUCAACAAAGUUCCUAAAUGUGAGGAAUAAACUGUAAUCAAAUGUCUCUUCAGUUUGCCGUAUUCGGAAAUAAAUAAUUUUACGUUGCUUAUUAUAUUUUCGAAUAGUCCCGACUGUACCCCAUUUUCAUCGAAAUUUUCAUCAAGUCACUUUUCUGUAUGACUUUGUUUUUCUUUCAUGUGUAUUACAUAUUAACUAUUUAUUGAGACUACAUUGUAGUUAAUAUUCCCUGCCGACUGAAGAGAUACUAGUUCAUUAAGUUGCGGUAUAGUUUAGUAAGUAUAAUCUUAAAAUGUAUAGAUCUUUUCUUACUAGAUAUUGCACUUUUAUUAUUUUACAACCUGUGUCAAAACCAGAGCGAUAUAAUCUACAAUAGUAUGUGAUGAUAAAGUCGUUUUUGAAUUGAUUUUUUAUUAACGUAUUUUGUUAAUAGUUUAUUUUAUUUAUUAUUAUUAAACGUAUUCGAAUUUUA